AUGGAGAACAUUUGGAUUGAAUGUGUUAAACAAAAGCUGAAGAAGGUUACAGAUCCUGAGGUCAUCCAAGAAGUCGUUGUUUUUGAGUAUGAGGACUUCAUGCAAUCUUAUAUCAAGAAAUUGGAAGAGGAAACUCACAGCUAUUUUAAAUCUCCUGUAUGCACUCACAAGGACUACUACUAUUAUGCAUGUGAGAGAUCAAACAAGCCAACUGGAAGUAGCAAAGGUAAACCAACUCAAACAAGGGCUAACUCUUGCAGGGCUUAUCUGUCUUUCAAGAUAAUCAAGGAUGCUGGAGUUACAGGUGCUGUUGUGCACAAAAUGUUGAAACACAAUGGACAUGACAUCAACAUGCAGGAACAGGGUAUAAAAAAUCAUGCUGACCCAGAACUUCUGGCCUUUAUUGACAUGUGGCUUGAGCAAGGACUAUCGGUGUCAGGAACACUUCUGAAGAGUGUUGAUUGGGCAGAAAGGCAUGGACAUAUCGACAAACACAAUCGUCGAUAUUAUGUUACACCAGAGGAUAUUAGAAUCAUCAAAAAGAGCAUCAAUGCCCUAAUUUUUCCUGAUGUAAAAGAUUGUGUCAGUGUGGAUAUACUCGCCACAUCAGAGCUAAAGGAGAACAUUUGUUUUUAUCAGCCAUUAAGUGAUGAACAACCCUUGAUAAUUGUAGUACAGACACCCUGGCAAAAACACCUACUUAAGGAACAUCCACAUCCCAUGAUGUUCAUGGAUGCCACCUACAAAGGGAUGACCUCAUAUGGCUAUGCAUUUUAUGCACUUUUUCUGAGCAAUAGUAUUGGAAGAGGAGUUCCAUUUGCAUACUUCAUUAUAAGUCAGGAAUCAACAGCCACAUUCACUCUCUGCCUGGAAAAGCUUUCUAGCUGUAAUCCUGGCUUUCUUCCCCAGUCAGUCAUGAUUGACAGGUACGAGAAAGAGCUCAAUGCCAUAAGGCAGAUUUUUCCUUCAACAAAGGUCCUCGUUUGCUGGUUUCACGUGCUGCAGGCUGUGCACAGGUGGUUGGUAAAACGAGAUGGAGGAAACCUACCAGUGGGCCAAAGAAACAUGGUGAUUCAAGCAAUGGUCACAAUGAAGGCGUGUUUAACGGAAGAGGAGUUUAUCCAAACUUCCUCUACAAAAUGCAAAGAGCUGGAUUCCUACCUUGGUAGCACAAAUGUGUCAACAUAUUUGAAGAACCAUUGGAUUUCUUGGGGGGACUUGUGGUCCAAUUUUGGCAGAUAAUUCAAUCAUAACAACAGUGAAACCAACAACAAGGCAGAAAGAUUCUUCCACACAAUGAAAUAUCAGUUCCUGAAGGGGGACACUAACAGGCGAAUUGACCAGCUCCUUAGCCUGCUGUGUGGUGAUGUCCACAAAUAUUACUGUUACAUAGAAGAGCUGGCAGCAAGUGGGCGCAUCAAGGGAAACAAUGAUGAUGACUUCUCUGAUGCUGUCAAGUCUAUGAUUGAGAAGGGGCUGGAUUCAAAAUGUAAAAUGAAUGAAAACGGAACAUGCAUUAUUCCACCAGAUACUAGCACUCAGUCUCACACAGUUGAUUUGGUCAUGGUCAAAUGUGACUGCAGAACAUCCAGAAGUGGUUCUCUGUGCAAACAUAUAGUUUUCUCGAGAAUUGUUGCACAGCAACAGCGACUAGACAUUCAAGACAUCAGGUCUACUCUUGCAAGAAAAAUAAUUGAUAGUCAUUCGUAUAUUACAGAUGAUGAAAACCUCACUGUCUUUCACAGUGAUGGAAGUGCCGCAACUAUAAAUCACAAAAGCCCAAAUUUUUGUACAUGCAUAGCAAAUAGUCAUAACCAAAAAUGUGUCUGUAUUUUGGUUCACAACAUCCUCUACGUUCCACUGACACCUUCUGAGUUAAUCUCUAAUCAUCCAGAUUGCCAGAAAACACCCAACAGAAAGGCAAAACCUGAACUUCAGGCCAUGUUAACAGACCUUAUAGAAUGGAGCCAAUCAGAAACGUACAUUGAAAACAAAGAGCUGUACAAGAUGGUAGAGAGGGCACACAGACUAGUUUUUUCAAACUUCAGUAUUCGGUCAAGAAAAAGAAAAAUAACUGCACUGCAUGCCUAUCGGCAACAGGUAAAAAAGGCAAAACGUGUACUCACAAUGAAUUACAUUUGUAAACAAAAAAAACAGAAGGAAAAUAUAUAAUAAUUUGCAAUACAACCCUAUUGUAGUGUUUAUUAAACACAAAAAAUGUUUGCAAUUACAUUUCUCUGGAAUCUGCCAUUCAUAAAUUGCAUAAGAUGCAAAACAUCUGAUAUGACAAUGGAAUCAGAAUAUAAAUUACUUGUUUCUAAUUGCUCAUUGUAUUGAGUCCCUUAAAAAGCAUCAUAA